AUGCGCCAGCUGCUGAUAGAGUCCAAUGACCAGACCCACACCAAAGAUGCCUUUCGCCAUGUGCGUGGCUUCGAGGUCUUGCUGCUCACCAUCCGAUCCCUCUCCGGCUUCUACAAACCCACUGAGCUGGCGACACCAGACCGCAUCGACUUCUUCGAGGUCAUCAAGGCCACGCUGGACGUGCUCUCCGACGCGCUGAAUGAGCAUGCGGGCAACAGGCGGUUCUUUGCCAAACGCGUCGAGGACGGCGGUUGGGGUGCACUGGAGCAGGCGCUGGGCAGCACGGGUAUAUUUGGCGGGCACUCGACAAGCACAAGGGACGAUGCGGGGCAAGAGCAGCUGUUCGGCUGCCUGCUUGCCUUUGCACUGGGCGAGGAGACUAUGACGCGAAUCUUCCGUGAUAUUGACAAGAAGGUCGAGGAGGCACAGGCAACCCAGGAAGACACGUCCGUCACGAGUGACGACACACAAUCCCUCGAGAUUGUCGUCUCCAGUCCACGAUCCAUGCACAGCGAAGAGGAGAUGGAUCUUGGCCCUCUGCGAGACCAGGUGCGCGCCAUCUUCAGCGGCAACGAGGUUCUUCAGAAUCCUGACAUUAUACCCAUUAUCCUGCACUUCUGGCAAGGUCUGUCUGGGAAGGAGGCACCGGGCACCAGAUCGAAGGCUCUUUCCGUUUCCGUCCUGGUCGCCAUACUGGAAAUCACUUCGCUCUCUUCAUACAACAAGGCCGCACUGCACGUUACUGGGAUAUCAAGCUUCAUCUUACCCUUACUCUUCGACAACAAAUGUCGUCCUGUGGAAGCUGGCUUGUUGCAGGAGCUGGCUGACAACCUGAUCGAGUAUGGCAUCAGCAAGCUCGACGAUGCUUACUACCUGUUUCGGAAGGCAGCAUCGUCUGAGUCCGCUGCAGAAUUUCUCCUUCGCGGUAUGCGAUCCUCUCGAUCUCCUCCGUUUAUUCAGUUUGAUCUUUCACUGCACGGCUUCAGUGCAAUGGAGCUCCCAGACAUGGGUAGGCCUUUUCCGCCAGUAUCGCCUGGUGGAGGCUACACAUUUGCUGCAUGGAUACGCGUAGACAAUUUUGACAAGAGCUGUCACACUACCCUCUUUGGUGCGUAUGAUGAUACUCAGACUUGCUUCGUGAUGGCGUAUCUCGAAAAAGAUACGCGAUGCUUUAUACUGCAGACUUAUAUGGGGCACUCCACGGGUAUUAUCCCAAGUGUACGUUUCAAAAAAGCCCCCCGCUUUGAGCGCGGCAGGUGGUAUCAUAUCGCUAUUGUCCAUCGGCGAGCAAAGACAAUGGGUAUAGGUGCUUCCAAGGCCUCACUUUUCGUGGACGGCGAGUUCACCGAGAACAUGAAGGCGCAUUACCCAUCACAUCCGCCUCUUUUGGAUAGCAGUCAGGAGAGCUUCGCCUCCAUGUCGUCGAGCACCUCGAAGCACAAUAUUCUUGCUUUCCUAGGCACUCCACGAAACCUCGCUCCCCGUCUAGGCAGAAAUGUGAUCAAGUCUAAGCUUUCCAUGGCUUCCUUUCAUCUCUUCUCUGAACCACUGUCAGAUGAGCUGAUAGCAGUUUACCACAAGUUGGGGCCUCGAUAUUGCGGUAAUUUCCAGGACCGACUCGGCUCGUUCCAAACCUAUCGUACGUCUGCUGAACUGCAUGUUCACAACGAAAUACUCCAUCCUGGCCGAGAGGAGCGUUCUGAGAUUGUUGCUGCGAUCCGUGCCAAUGCUAGUCAUUUGAUGCCGGAAUCGAAAAUCUUACUGAGCUUCUCGCCAAGUUCAGUCAUGGAUGACGACGAUAGGAAUGCCAUUGAUGAAUCACAACUGAUUCGAUCAUUGUCACGCGAAUCGUCCAAGGUGCUACACAAGUAUACGCGUAUGCACAGCACGCCCAUCAUCAUCAACGCGGCGGUACCUUCGGUCAACGAUGCUCUGUCACAGGCUCGAGGUUUCGGGCGAUUGUCGGGUGAACCAGUCGUGGUAGUGCCGCAAUCACUCGACGAUGCCAUCUGGCGUAUUGGGGGUUGCGUUGCGGUAGGUUUGAAGCUUGUUCAGUCUUCGCAGACAUUGGACAGCAUGCUGCGGGCAGUAAACAUCUUACUUGAGGCUGUGGGUGGUAAUUGGCGCAACUGUGAGGCAAUGGAGCAGCGCAAUGGCUUCGCUGUCCUGGCUGAAGUCAUUCGCCAGAAGAUUGGGUAUAGCAUGGGUGGUAUUGUUAUGCGCAAUGCAUCGUCCCUCGAUGUAUCGCCGGAAGACUGCGAGGGCUUUGUCAUGCAACUUCUUCUGGCCAUUCUCCGAUUCGUUGGAUACGAUGAAAAAGAGCCCACAGAAUCCCUCAUCAUCAACCCCUUAGCCUAUCGAGUGCUGCUGGUUGACCUUGAGAUCUGGCGAAGGGCCACAUCGUUGGACACGCAGAAACUGUACUACCGGCAGUUUGUCCAGUUUGCCAAGGGCAGUAAACAUCAUCACUACAAUGCCAAGAGAUUUCAAAGAAUACGAGUGGUCAAGCGGCUCACAGACGCUUUGAAGGGUGAAUCCUUCACAAUGGAAACGUUCAAGCUCUUCUUGGAAGCUUUCAAAGCGCUUCUGUUAACUAAUUUCAACGGCGAGAAUGCAAGGUCGUUGUCUCUUUUCGUUACAUACGCCCUCCAUGAUAGCCGCGCCUCAUAUGCAAAGCGGACGCUGCGUCCACAAGGCAGCAUCCGCCGACUCCGGAAAGCAACUCCGACAUCAUUGACACCUGCAGCCACGCCACGAUCCACCAGUCCGGCAGCGAGUGUUAACAUGAUCUUAUCACUGCCAGACUUGGGCAUUGCCGUUCUCGAGCUUCUGGCUGAGGUGCUUUGCGAUCCUCAUAAUCCACAUGAAAUUAUUCGGUUUGCCAAAAACGUGACUGGCAAAUGGUUGUUGUAUCUCCUCGCUGAACCUGAUCAGCGAGUUGUAGUCCUCGGAACUAAGAUCCUGGGUAGAUUGCUCGUGCUAAAUGGUCCUCACUUUGUCAAAAAGUUUGCAGAUAAGACUGGUGGAUUCACAUUGAUGAAGAACAGACUCCGACACUGGUGGAACACACCAGGUAUCUGGACUAUAUGUUUUGCCAUCCUCUUUGACCGAGAUGUCGCAACAAUCGACUUUGAGAGGGAUUUUGACGUCUUUAAUCUGGUCGACAUUUUCAUCAUGCAUUCCCCACAGACCAAGCUCCGGCUUUGUUAUCCAGAAGUUUUUCCCGUCAUAUCUGCUAUGCUUGACACGGGACUACGGACGAUAGUCAGAGAUCGAGAUCAUGCAAGAGCAGAAAACAGCACGUCCAAGCAAGCAGAUAUAGACAUCACAGCGUCGAGAGGACGGCGUAGAACAAUGUCUCUCAAUGCUGCGCAGCCCACAAUAGACACAAAAGCUCCCCAGGUAGAGCGUCUGAGCGAUUACGCAGUUGUGCUGAACUCUGCCAUACAGUUCCUGUCCGAACUCCAGUCCCGAUCAGAAAGCUUUCGCGAUUACGCUAAUACUUCUACCUAUGUUCAAGAGUUGCUAUUCGUUCUUUAUCCUGCCAUCGUCACCUCUGACAGUGUCAGUGCAGAGACUGAGUUACUAUCUAGGGGUUCAUUGACAUUUGAAGGCCGCGAUGUGGUCAUUCAGCCUUUGACACAGACGAACGGACAGGAAGCGCCUAUAGUGCGCACAGCCCAUGUCAACGUUUCACCUGUGCCCUCUGCAAGACGGGUUCUGCCGUUUCGAAGAGCCUCAUCAUUUGUCCUGGUCUCUGCUGAUAAGAACAAGAAUUCCAAGCAACCAACAUUGAAUCCGAUGCUAUCACCAAGGUUCACUGCGCCAGUCGCAUUGAAGGUUGGUAGCUCAGUGGUGGAAUCUAUGGUAGAAGUCGUUCUAGACGUCUUCAAAGACCAAAUCUUCACGCGAAAGGAUUUCCCCGGCCUAGGUUUGUUUCUGAAAACACCGCCUGGAUUUCAGGAACACCAAGCAUACUUCGAAUCUUAUAUCCUACGUCAAACUCUGUCUUCAGUAAAGAAUGCACUCCAGCUUGACUUGAAGCUCCUUCAUGAGCCGCGAGUACUCACCAAUUUGUCGCGAUUUGUGACCCAUGUCUCCGAGGCAGUUUUUGAGGGAUGGUUCCUUGAUGGAGCGGAGCCACUGCUGGAUUUCGCAGGGUUCGUACUCGAGUACCUGGAGCGGCCGGACAUUGCUUCAAUCAAGACAGUACGUCUUUGCACGCAAGCCACCCAACUGAUACGUACGACUUUCCUGAAGGUUGCGUUGCUUCGUCUGGCAGAUCCCGACAUGUCAGCGGGCGGAUCGGAUACCGUUGCGGUGAUUGAAAAGAUGGUCUACUGGCAACCCAUCAUCCUCUCCUCUGCCAACAAUGACUCAUUUUCACUGAAGAUGAUCUGCUAUCUACUCUACACUAAACUUUCCUCGGAACACGAAGCGGUUCGACUGGCAUCCGCCAAUUUUUGGCGUUUACUUAUGGUGCAGAAGCCGAACGAGACAGCUGAGAUAUUGGCCGAUGCCAUCCACUCAGACAAGAACAACGUUUAUGAAGGGUUUCAAAAGCUUGUCGAACUUGACAACGAGACUUUCUUGCAAUGGCUCGACAAGAACAAGACAGACCUGGAUGGUUUUUUCUACGGAUCGAUGUCCCGAACCUGGGAAAACUUUACGCACCAUCAAAACAAGCUGACGGAGGAGACCUCCCAGCGACGCAUAUCCAAACGCAAAGAAAGGUUGAAGCAGUGGCAAGCUGAAGAUCUGGCGAAUGAGAACAUCUGGAACCAUCACGAGAACUCAACAAAUCACUGGCGAUCCAACAUUCACGCUUCAGAACGGAUCAAGCAUCAGCGUGUGCUUCAGGAUCAGCAAGACAAUGCAACAUACAUGACGACAGUUCUUGCAAAGCUCGAUCAUCAACUCAAGAGCCCAUGUGCACUCUUCGAAGAUAGCCCACCGCCCAAGUGGCGGCUUGACGAGACGGAAGGUCGCGAUAGAAAACGCAUGAGGAUCAUUGUUGACAAUACCAAUGGUGAUCAGAUAUAUCAACCGAAACGCAAGGACACUGACCCUCGAGACAAGAUUAGACUGGAAACCAACGUGCCAUCCAUUUCUACAAAGGAGGCUGUUGGCGUCACACCCGUCACGGGACAAACGGGCAGACCGUCUUCUGCACUCAGUACGGGAGGCGAUGGGAAAGAUGAUGCAGAGACAGGUAGUGAAGACGACUUUGAGAUGGUGGAAGCCAUGUUCGAAGAUGAAGAUGGGUUCGAGGAUAAGAAUCGCAAAGUCAUGCGAAGCUUAAAUCGAGGAGAUCAAGUACAAUAUGUCUGCAACAUAUCUCGUGUAGUUGGUCUAGAAGCUAUAGAAGGGCUUCUUAUUGUAGGCAAGGAUUGCCUAUACCUAUUGGAUGACUUCUUCCAGAGAUCCGACGGCGAGAUUGUUCGUGUUUGGCAAGCACCUCCUGAUGAGCGAGAUCCCUACGUUCAGGUCAUUGCAGGAAAAGAAGCGGUCACCAACCGUCGGCCACCACCCCGGAAUCAAGAGGAUGCGGCCAGAAAUUGGAAAUGGACCGAAGUUAUUAGUAUUUCCAAACGCCGCUUCCUGCAUCGCGACGUCGGUAUAGAAGUAUUCUUCGAUGACGGACGCAGCUACCUGUUGACAGCAGUCUCGGCACAAGCUCGCAACGACAUCCACUCGCGUGUACUGCAGAGAGCCUCCCAUGUGGCACAUCCUGAUAAGCUUGCGAAUUCAGAGAUUGCGUGGCGGCUCGACUCUUUGCGCAACCCGGAAGAAGCACCACAAACACUUGGAUCACGCUUUGCAUCUGCCUUUGGUUCAGCAUCGUCACAUCCAGCUACAAAGAAGUGGCUGAAGGGAGAAAUGUCCAACUUUCACUACCUCAUGUUCGUCAACACACUUGCAGGACGAACCUUCAACGACCUGACGCAAUACCCUGUUUUCCCAUGGGUCAUCUCAAAUUAUGAGAGUGAAGAGCUGGACCUUUCUGAUCCUGGUAACUUUCGUGAUCUGAAAAAGCCGAUCGGUGUCCAAGAUCCGAAACAGGAGCGCAUGAUCAGGGAAAGAUUCAGCUCCUUUGCCGAAAUGGGCGAUGCUAGCCAAGCCUUCCACUACGGAACACAUUACUCAUCAGCUAUGACAGUUGCUUCGUACCUCAUGCGUCUGCAGCCAUUCAGCGCGGCCUUUUUCCUCAUUCAAGGCGGUACUUGGGAUCAUGCGGAUCGUAUGUUCUACUCGAUCCAAAAUGUAUGGGACUCUGCUUCGAACAAGAAUAUGGCAGACGUACGGGAGCUCACACCAGAAUUUUUCUUUCUACCCGACUUUCUCACCAAUGUCAAUGGCUACAACUUUGGCCUGCGCUCGGAUGGCUCUAGCAUAGAUAACGUUCAGCUACCUCCAUGGGCAAAGGGUGACCCUGCGAUAUUCAUUGCAAAGCAGCGAGAAGCCCUGGAAAGUCUCUACGUGAGCCAAAACUUGCAUCAUUGGAUCGAUCUCAUCUUUGGUUUCAAGCAGCGGGGUGAUGCAGCUAUCGAUGCCGCCAAUGUUUACCACUGGAUGACCUAUCAAGGCGCAAUUGAUCUCGACUCGAUCACCGACGAAAAAGAGCGUGCACAGAAAAUCAGCGUCAUCAACAACUUUGGGCAGACCCCAACACAAGUCUUCCAACGACCUCACCCACAGAAGGAGAAUUUGGCCAAACCUAUCAGGCUUGACACCUCGGCUGAAAGUCUUCAUCGUGUCCCAGGCACUCUUCUCGAGGCAAACGAUCGCGUCUCCUCGUUGAACUACAUCACCAAGAACGAUAAACUUUUGUGCUCUGCGCCGUUUCGCCAUAACAUUCCACCACACCAUGACCGAUACAUGGAAUGGGGCUUUACAGAUGGUAGCGUACGUUUCUAUGAGUCCUCUUCGAAGAAACUUGUCGGACUAUUUGAACACCUACACUCUGGCCAAUUGGCAACAUCUCUCUUCGUCGAUGGCCGCACCCUCAUCACCGCUGGCACAGACUGCACACUUGCCAUAUGGAACGUAUCCAAGGGAGAGCGAGGCCAUGUAGAACUCCAGAACGCAACCACGCUCUUCGGCCACAAGUCGCCCGUCGUCACACUCGCUGCCUCUCGUGCAUUCUCUGCUUUCCUAUCUGCAUCGCUCGAUGGCCGCGUCUUUCUGUGGGAUCUCAAUCGCUCAGAGUUUGUGCGCGAACUGGACCUUGGACCUGCACACAACCGGAAUCCUGUGCCGAUUCAAGCUGCAAGGAUCAAUAGUGUCACAGGUCAUAUUGUACUAGCGGUGGGACCGCGACUGAUCAUCACCACCCUAAACGGGACAGUACUGCUAAAUGAGGAUGUCUGUGACGGCGAAGAAGACGUCGAAGGCAUCACAGCAAUCGCCGUGUACGAGGGUGUGGGCAACGAGUGGUGUGAGCGCGAACUCAUCUUCACCGGCCAAAGGAGGGGCGUAGUGAAGAUUUUCCAUCUCACACCCACACCACCGUCACCGUCCGCCUCUUCCGUCCCAAAGGACGCAAAAUGGUCCGUUAACCUGAUCAACGUCCUCAAUCACGGCGAUCCAACCAAUCCGAGCGCUGCCGCGCCCAUUACGUGUAUCCUGCCUAUGCCGCAUAACGUGUAUACCGGGGACGAGGACGGCAAAGUGUAUGAGUGGGAUUGCGUGCACCGACAUCAUUGA